CAUAAUAAGCAAAUUGUAUUAGACUGGUCCUGAUCGAACAAACAAUUUCAAUCAUCCUUGUUUAUCGGGUGCUGCUAAAAACUUCCCUUUUGUCUCUCUCAAGUCAAACUCAAUUCCCAUGGACUUCUCCGUCAAACCUCCCGGCGGCUCACCUUCUCCGUCGUCCUCCACCUCUUCAUCUACUCCUCACCGUUUCAAAUCCACCACCACACCAACCGCUAAUGCCGCUGCCGUCUCAGGAAUCUCCCCUUCUGCCGCCGCCGAUCGAGAUCCGAUGCAUUCCUGGUGGGAAUCAGUCUCCAAGCAACGAUCUCGCAUCCUCUCUCUCUCGUCUCUCCUCUCUGGCGAUUCUCACUCGGAAGACGGCGACGUAACUCCGAUCUCUUCUCUGGCUGAUUCCGAUCGGCCGGCGCUAUCGUUACUUUCUUCUCGUGCUGCUUACUCAUUGAUCUCGUCUUGUCUUUGCAAUCCAGCUUCUGGUUCUGGAUCUGAUCCGCUUUGUCAAUGGCUAUACGAAACCUACCUCUCCUCUGAUCCCCCGCUUCGUCUCGUCGUCCUCUCGUUCCUCCCCUUACUCGUCGGAAUGUACUUAUCUCGAAUUCAUUCUUUUGAUUCGUCGUCUCUUCCUUCUCUCUCCGGAUUCGAAGCUGUGCUUCUCGCAAUCUACGCCGCCGAGGUUAAAGCUCGCGCAGGUAAACCUAUACUCGUACACAUUCCAGAUCUCUCUCAGCCCUCUCUUUACCAUUCUCCGAGAAACGGCGUUGACAAAUCGCGUGAUUCUAAUUCAACCGCCUCCGUCGGAGUCUUGUCUCCGCAGCUUGAGCCUCAGAUCGCGGUUAAGUCAACUAAGAGAGCUAGUAUCGUUGGCGUGGGACUACAAUGCUAUUUCAAAGAGAUCUCACAGAUGCCUGCUUGGUCCAAGCUCGAAUUCUGUAAAUUCGCUGCUAGUUGGGCUGGUCAAGACUGCGACUGCAAGGAAAAGAUCGAUGGAGACGAAGACAAAGUCUUAGCACUGACCAAUGGUUUUGGAGAUUCUUCCUCUUUCAAUGGCAGUAGUGGACGUAGCCUUGAGAUCGAAGAGGAUUUUGAUAGAUUAGCAAUCAGAGAGAACGAAGAACACUCUAGCUCUGAUGGCAUUGGAGGAAGAGGAGUGAGGAUUCCACUUCCAUGGGAGCUGUUUCAACCUACGCUACGGAUCCUAGGUCAUUGCCUGCUUAGUCCAUUGAAUACUGGAGAUGUCAAAGAUGCAGCUUCCAAUGGAGUAAGAUCAUUGUACGCAAGAGCCUCUCAUGAUUUGAAUCCCCAGGCUAUUUUAGCUACGAGGAGUUUAGUUAACCUCGAUACAAGCGCAAGAACCGCGGCAAAGACCGUAUCUACAGAGACUGUUAAUGGUUCCUCAAAUGUGAACACUCCAAGCAAGGCGAAAAAACCCGAGAUUCUUCUGGCAUCAAAGUGAGUCUAGUGUUUCUUUUAAAUCUGAAAAUUGUUUUGGUUUGUGUAGGUUAUGAUGUAUAGUUGAAUUUGAAACAUGUGAGGGGAAGGGGACAAAUGAAAAAUUGCAGAUUUGAUGUAGAGUGUUUUGUGGUUUCACAUUGUUGUGAUGCUUUUAAGACUUUCUGAGGGUUAAUUUGGUUUGGGUUAGAGAUGUUUGUGAGAAUUUGCGGUGGUCGAUGGUCUUAGUGUUGUACUUUGUAUGAUUUUAAUUGAACAAGGAUGGUCUUAAUUUGCGGUUGUGGCAACAAUAAGCCUUUCGUAUCU